AUGCUGUCGCGCUCGCGCAGUAAGGACAAGGGCAGCAACAUCCCUGGGCCCACCUACAUGAACAACGAGCAGGUCGGCAACUUCCUGAGUGACAUCCGCAACAACCGGCCCCAACGCCCUAAUGGCUCGCGCCCGCUGCCCGCCUCGCCGCUGGGCUCUCUCCGCUCCUCGAGAACCUUCGGCUCCGCGACUCCUGAGCCUCAGGCCCCGCCGACCUUGACGCCGACCAAGGCCCAGCCACCUCGAAGCACCAGCGCACUCUCACACCGCGACAUGUUCUCGUCGCCCAGCAAGGGCUCGCUGCGCGAGAGGCUUGCCCCGCGUGCUUCCUCCAGCCUGGGCCGCCCUCUUGUGCGGGAUCCGUUCAAGCGCUCGGCCUCGCGGAACUCGCAGCAACCCGAGACGCCGAAGCCGCCAAAGCAACCGCCGCAACCGGACCCGGCGACGAUUGAGCGCUCCGUCUCCCGGACUUCUACACGCUCGACAAGCGGCGAGCAGCGCCGCUCAUACCGGGAAAGCGGUGCCCGAUGGAUGGAGCGGCAGGAGGUUGCCUCGCUCAGGAAGGCCCUGGAGGACAUGGACGCGACCGACGAGCAGAGGAUAUUCACGGCCGCUCAGGACGAGGCCGCCGAGCUGGUUUGGAAACAUCAGAACCCCAAGGCUGCUGUUCGGAGUCCCGAUGCGCCCUACAGCUACACGGCCCACUUGAAGAAAGGGAGCCACGCCCGAGCUCAAAGCUAUGACGCCCCCUCGCCACAGUCCAGCGCCAGUGGCCGCAACAGCUCGCUCAGCAGCCGCGGCUCCAGCUCCUCAUCCGUAAAAGUGCACGACUUCGUGAUCGCCAAAAAGGACGAUAAGCUCAAGUCCAAAAAGGAAGUCGACGCGCACGCACACUCCUCCAAGACCAUGGAAUCGCCCCUGCAGUCUCCCACCAAGGGCCAUGUCGCGUUCGAAGUCCCCAACCCCCGACGCCGGAGCAGCGGAUCUAAGAGAAAACUCAGUGCCAGCCUGUUCCAAAACCCAAACGACAAGAUCUACGAGGAGCCCGAGGAGCCUACUCCGACUGCAUCGCCCGAGCAGAAACCCGUGCCGCCGUCGCCCUCGAAGCUGCCAAUCCACACACGCAGGAACCCCUUUUCGCGCAUCCAGUUCGGCCGCGACAACUUGACCCGCUCGAGCACCGAUCCGCAGGCUACUGCUACCAUGAAGAAGUUUGACAGGUUCGAGAUUCAUAGGAAUGAGCCGACUCAGUCGCGCAACCCAGCGUACACAUCCAAUGAGAAUGUACCCGUCACCCCUACGCAGGCCCAGAAUCCUGCGGCAAGUUCCCCAGAGGAAUCGCCUGUCAAAAUGAAAGAAGGCAAGGAGAUUCGGGCUGAUGAUAUUCGUGCAGCCACGAGCAUGAGGUUCAAGGACAGAAGCCCGAAGUUGCCCACGCCAAGCAUGGUCAGUGAUAGUCCGGGACGCCCGAUCGUCAGCUUCCAGUCGGGCUACAAGCCGAAAGAAGUCGCGCUCAAGGAGGAGCAAGCAAAAGCAAUGAUUGAGAUGAAGUCUCCUGAGCCCAGUCAUGAGCCCAAGUCCUACCCUCCGAGCCCGCCUAAGAAUGCAAGUGCACCCGUCGUGCCGACUAUAAACAUGCCGGACGAGCCAUUUGGGAAGAGGAGGGGCCCAUCAAUCCCUUCGAUUCCAGAAAUCAAUGUUCCUGAUGACCCUCCCCGUUCGAGGCCCCAGCGGUCCGGUGCACCACCUAUUCCCACCAUCUCAGUUGGCAACACCCCUGCCGUUCCCUCAAUCAACGUGUCCAACCCCCCGAGCAUCAACGUUUCCGAUCGCUCAGCGAGGCCGCUUCCCACGAUCAAUGCGCCCUCUUCCGGCUCUGCACGACCUCUUCCCGACCCGAGAGUGGCGCAGAAUGGUCGUCCCGCUCCUCGCAAGGCGAUCACGGCACCUAAUUCUUUGCCAAAGGGCCAUUGGACACCUUCUGGUGGCGUUCGAACCUCGGCUCUCUGCGAUUCCUGUGCCCUUCCUAUUGCCGGUCGUACCGUGAGUGCCGGCGGUGCUCGCUUCCAUCCGGAAUGCUUCCGCUGCCACCACUGUGGAGAGGGACUCGAGUGCGUCGCCUUUUACCCGGAGCCGAACGGCAGGCGCGAGGAACGUCUUGAUCGCAUCAACAGGCGCAGGAAUGGUGAGGACUUGGAGGCUGUGCAGGGUUGCAGCGAGGAGGAGGAUGGCGACGAGGGGCUGCGGUUCUAUUGCCACUUGGACUACCAUGAGUUCUUCAGCCCGAGAUGCAAGAGCUGCAAAACACCCAUCGAGGGGGAGGUCAUCGUGGCGUGCGGUGCCGAGUGGCACGCCGGCCACUUCUUCUGCGCGGAGUGCGGCGACCCCUUCGACUCUUCGACUCCUUUUGUCGAGAAAGACGGCUAUGCCUGGUGCGUCAACUGCCACACCAACCGCUACUCGACCAAGUGCAAGAAGUGCCGCAAGCCGGUCACAGAUACCGUGCUGAAGGCACUCGGGUUCGAGUGGCACCCCAACUGCUUUGUGUGCACGGAAUGUUCGGGUGAGUUCGUGGACGGCAGGUACUUCCUCCGUGGCGAGGAGAAGAAUCCCGUCUGCGUCAAGUGCGAGGAGCGGAGGCUCAAGGCUUAA